CUAGCCCAUGCAGUAUUGCAGUUUUCCCACCGUAGUUUAUACCUUGCUCCAGUGUUGUCAGUGACCGCUACUCACAUCUACCCCUUAUUUAACCAUGGCGCGGGCGUGCAUAACAGAGAGGCAGCAGUCGAGAUUCCUGACGAUCUGGUUGAUGGGACUGACGCUAGCCACGGUAGUAAACUUCUGGUCCCCGCGUAAUAACCGUCACCAAGGGGUGUUGCUGGAGGACUCCACACAGAAUCGGCAAAGCCAGUGUAACACUUCUGUGGCUGCCGCCGCCUCCACUGCCACCCUUAACAGCAUGGUGGAGGUGCUGUUGGAUGGGCCCAUGGAAGCGGAAGAUAGGCGCCUGGUGCAGUGGGUUAAGGAGGGGGGUGGGGGUCGCGUAUUCCCACCCUCCUCUCUGCAUUACAACAUCACCCUGGAGAACCCUGGAGGCUGGAGGGACACCAUCGUCUGGAAGUUUUACGUCAAAGUGAUCGAACAUUACUUCGGCAAAAAGGAGGGUGGGUUCUUUGUGGAGGCCGGUGCACUUGAUGGGGUCCUCCUCUCAGCAACGCUGAGGCUGGAGCAAGACUUGCACUGGUCAGGUCUUCUGGUAGAGCCCAGACCUGACAUGUUCCAGGAGCUGCUGUAUAAACACCGCAAGGCUCAUGCUGUCAGAUUCUGCCUCUCUGAGAAGCCUUAUCCUCACAAGACUAGUUUCUGGAUGAGCCCUGACUUCGUGAAGAGUAGUGUCGCCUUUAGUGCUGUCGCCAGUCAGCUCUAUGAAAAAGUUAAUGCUGAUCAGCGGGAGACAGGCUACGUAGUGAAUGUCCACUGCAUCCCUCUCUUCACACUUCUCACGGCACUUGGCAGACGUCACGUUGACCUCUUUGUUCUGGAUGUGGAGGGUGUUGAGUGGGGCGUCAUUGACCUCUUCCCAUUUGACCAGAUCACUAUUGAUAUGUUGGCAGUGGAGAGGAAGGACAAGGGUGAUAGAGACAGGGCUGCCUUCAUUCACCUGGUACAGUCAAAGGGUUUCACACUGGCCCACAGCUUGAAGGAGGACUUUAUCUUUAUCAGGAAUGCAGCUCACUUAGAUAUUGAUCCCAAUUUGAAAUAACUGCAAAUUGAUAUUCAACAACAUAACCAUAUCAUCCCCAUUAGACCUUACACUGAUAACUACAAGAACAGCUUCAUUCCAACCAACUUACAAAAAUCAUCCAUCAAUAAUAGAUAACUUGUAAAUUUCCUCCAUGUUUUUUCUCCUCUUUGUAUUGUACUGGAUAUGAACUGAUAGCUUUUGUUAAAUGACCCUCUCCCCCAUUUCACUAUACAGGUAUGUUAUGUAUAACUCUUAAGUCAUUUGUAUACAUUUAGCUGCUGUACUUUCUAAUAAACAUUUUUCCUAAGCCUUA